GGAGGGGGAGGAGGAGGGGGGGUGUUCCAUGAUGGCUUCGGGCGCCGGUAAGGCUGCACAGCCCCCCGGGCCGGGCUCCGCCGUCAACGGGACUGCGGCAGAGUUCCCGAACAUCGAGCAGGAGCUGUACGACGACCAGAUGCACAACAAGAUGUGCAAGAAGAUCGCGCAGCUCACCAAGGUGAUUUAUUCUCUGAACAUGAAGAACGAGGAGCAAGAGGCGACCCUGCAGGCCUUGAGCCAAGCCCACCACGAGGAGCUGCACCGCAUCCUGAUGGAGACAUGUCACGAAGGGGAGGGGUCAGCACUGAGGUCACGCCUCCUCGAACUGCAGGAGUAUCUGGAUGAGCAGCAGCGAGUCGGGGCCCAGGUGCAGGCAGAUUUUGAGUGCUUCCGCAUCCAGGCAGGGGAGAGGGAGCGGGAAACCGGAGUGGAGCUGCGAAAACAGUUUGAGGACAGACUCCAGGCUGCGGAGGAGGAGCUCCAGGAGGCCAAGGCCCAGAUCAGCGCUGCCCAGGAGGAGAGCCUGAGGUUGAGCAAGGACCUGGAGAAGGCAGACGAGCGGAUUCAGGAGCUGGAUGCCAAAUGUGAGGAGCUGCAGAAAGCUGCUGGCGAUGAGAAGGAAAGAAGAGAGGAGGAGAGACGAAGAGAAGACGAAGAGAAAAAGCGAGAGGAGGAGGUGAGACAAACGGAAGGCCGCGAGGACUUGGAAAGGGUGAACGUGCUCCUGGAGGAGGUAGAGACACUGAAGGAGGAGAGCUCCCGGGCAGAGGAGAAGAAGAUGCGCGCGGUGAAAGAAGAAGGGGACCGAUGGGAGCAAAAGAUGAACAAUCUAAAUGAGGAGAAAGAGGACAUGAGGAGGAGGAUGGAGGCCGAAUGGAGGGAGGAGCGGCGCAGGUGGGAGGAGAGGGAGGAGGAGGAGAAGAAGGGUUUGCACAGCGCUCUAAGAGAAAGAGUGAAGAGGGCCGAAGCGGAGGUGGAAAGUCACCUGGAGAGGCUGGCUGAGAGCAAGAGGAGCACGGUGAAACUGCAAGAGCGAAUACAGGACCUGGAGGAGGAGCUGGAGCUGGAUCGGAGGCGCGUGUCGGAGGCGGAGGGCGUGGCCAAGCGGGCGGAGGAGGAGCUGGCGGUCGCCAAGGAGAGGCUGCUGCUGCAGGAGGACGAGCUGCAGAGCCGAGCAGAGGAGCUGCUGAACCGCGGACGCUGUGAGGUGUGUGUAUGCUCUGAGGUGGAGGAACUGAGGAGCCAGACGAGCCGUCUGCAGAGCAGGAACAGAGAGCUGGAGCUGCAGAGCAGCGGCAGGAACAGUGACCACGCCCGGCAGAUACGCCAGCAUGCCGAGGCUCUGUCCAGUUUGCGUUCGGAAAUGGUGAGAGCGCAGACGGAGGAGCUGCGUCGUAUCCAAAAGCAUGCGGACGACGAGAGGGACAAACUGGAGAAGAAGCUCGACAAAGAAAGAGAGAACCUGCAGAAGGAGAGGGUGCAGGAGAAGGAUCAGCUGGAGAAGGACAGAAACAGACUGCGCAGGGAGAGGGAGGAGGAGAAGGAAUGGCAGCGGAAAGAAGCGGAGGAGGUCAAAGAGCGUCUGCGCAGGGAAAUGGAGGAAGAGGUGGAACGGCAGCGCAAAGAACUGGAAGUGGAGAGGGUGCGUGUCCGUUCCCAGUUGGACAAGAACAUCGGGCAGGUCGAGGCAGAGAAGGCCAACGUGCAGCAGAAGCUGGAGGAGGAGAAGAGGAGGUUGGUGGAGAAGGCCGAGGAGGACCGGAAGCGGUUGAAGGAGCAGGUGCGGAAGGCAAUCGAGGAAGUGAUGAGAAGACACGCAGCCGAGCUACACAGCGUCCAAGAAGCUCUGAGCUCAGAGAAGAAGACCAACCAAGAGGUAUGUGCACGUUUGGAGGAGGAGAGGAGGAGCGGCGAGGAGAUACGCAGUGGGAUCGAGAGGGAACGAGAGGAGCUGAGGACAAAACUGAAAGAUUCUACCAAUGAGAUCUGUCGGCUGGAGUCGGUGAUCCAACAACAAGAGAAGAAGGAAAAUGUGGAGCCUGAAGCCGCAGCCUUGUGUGGACCACGCUGCUCUCACCUGGAGGAAGAGCUUCAUCAGACCCGGAGUCGACUGGCUCGGGUUCAGGAGGAGGCCGAGAGGCAGCGGGACAGACAGCAGAGAGAGAUCACAUCCCUGAGAGCUGACAAACACCGACUGGAGGAGAAAGUCCUGGAGCAGAGCCGCCUGAACACGGAGAAGAGUCUUCUAGAGCAGAGCCAGCGGCACACUGAGGACCGGAUCAGGGCAGAGUGUGAGGAUCGUCUCAGAGCAGAGUUCAGGAUAGAGAUGAAUGCUGCUGUGGCUGAGAGCGAGCAGAGAUGGCAGAACCGAGAGCAGGAGCUGCAGAGCCAGAUGUCUGAGCUCCAGAGUCAACUGACCGAGGUGGAGAAAAAGAAGGCGGGCCAGGAAGAUGAUUGCCAUGGCAACCCCGAAAUUGACAGGCUGAGGAAGGAGGUCCAAGACACCAAGGAGAUAAACAAAAAGCUGAGGGAUCUGCUGCAGGAGCCCCAAACCCAGUCUUUAGCCGAGGAGAGACACAGUCAAGCCAUGGCUCUGCAGGCGUUAGAGAGACAGGCGAAAGAAGAUGUGCUGUCUGAGAGGAACAGACUACAGACAAUGCACCACCUGGAGCUAGAUAAGCAGCGAGCUGAGUUGACACAGCAGCACACAGAGUGGAGCAGACAGAUGACCCAGAGACACAUGCAGCAGAUAGAAGACCUACAGGCCCAGCUACAGGCACACACGCAGAUGAUGGCUCUGCAACAGGACUUGAAGCAGCAGAACCAGUAUCAGGUGUUUGAGCGACAGCUGGAUGAGAGUCGCUGUGCCGUGCUGGAGCUUCAGAGAGAGAAUGCAACUCUCAAGAAGCAGUUAAAGGAAAGAUCGGCACAGAAGAAUCCCGAGGCCGAAGAGAAAGAAGAGGAGAGCCCAGAACUGAAGAAGAAGAGAGACGCCCAGCUCGAGGAAGAAGCACAACGUCUGAAGGAGGAAGUGGAGAAACUGCGGGUGGAGAUGGAGAAGCUGGAGGAGUCGCAGAAGCACUGGGAGGAGAGGAAAGAGGAGGACGUAAAAGAGGAGGAGGUGGACGAGGAGAAGAAGAAGGAGCGAGAGGAGGAGAAGAGGCUAAAGGAGGUGGAGGAGAUCAGGCGGGAGCACAAGAGGGAGAUGCAGAGUCUGGUGUCUGAAUACAGCAGCGCCCAGACGCACCUGCAGGCUCGAAUAGUGGCCUUGGAGAACGAAUUUAACUGCAGGCUGCGCGAGCGGGAGGAGCGGUGCAGGAGGAGGGAGCCUCGGUGUGACGACCUGCAGUUGGGGAGACUCCAGGAGAGACUGUCCGAGAGGGACCAGCUCAUCAAGCGACUGGUGGAGGAGAGGCAUCAGCUGCAGCUCCACCCUCCUGUCGCCGGGGACAGCAGCACCCUCAGGCUCCGUGACAGCAAGUCCCGCCCCGGGAGCGUCACGCCAACCAUGAGGAGGAAGCAUGUUGAGUCUCCUCCUUGCGUCGCCAGCAUCCCCAAUGCCGGUACUUGCGACAGGAGCGUCUUCAUCCCCACCUCCUCCUCAUCGUCGUCCUCCUCCUCCGUCCAUCAGCACUCCUCCUCCACCCUGCCGCACCAGUCCAACCCCCACCCCCAGACCUCCCCCCACUACUCCACCUCCUCUCUUCCACACAAGCACACCUCCCUCUCCCUCAGCCAACAGUCCUCCCCCUCCCUCCUUCGCUCCACCAGGUCCCGGACCUCCUGCAUCCCUCCGACCCCAGCGCCCACCGCCCCGCUCCCCGUCUGCCCGUCACCCCCGACGGGUAUCCGCUACGUGUCCCCUUCCUGCCAGGAGCCUCAUGCACACCUGCAGGCCCAAUCAAUCAGGGGCCCAUAUCUGGAGCCGAGGGGGACAGAGGGACUGAAGCAGGAGUGGUUCACCAAAUACUUCUCCUUCUGAGCACAAAAAAACACACACACACACACACUCACACACAGCAGCUGCAAGUACAUCUUAUAUACAGUCCAUUGCUUCUUAUACACAUCCGUUAGCUUCCCAGACAGACACACCAACACAAACACACGCACACAAAACAUUAACAAACAUAUGGGCUCAUCACCAGCAAGGCCAUCUCAAACAUUGCCUCAAAGCUCAACCAAAAAGUGCUUCUCAAACACAUGCCUGACCUCUUCUCAGAACAUGGGCUUGCCGGAUCUUGUUUGUACGGUUUGGAAUGUUUCCAUAUGUUGGUUAUUUUUUUUUGGUUCUUCUUUUUUUUUUAAAGCAGUCUUCCUUUUGUAAUACAACUUUUGCUCUAAUCUCAUUACAUGUUUUUUUUCCAGGCAAAUGUAUAUUUCUGAAAAUCUGCAACCAAGUGUGUCUUUGAGUAUGGACGCAUUCAACAUGUUCAAUCAAGAUCUUAUCAAAACGGACACACGCGACUCACCCUACCAAAAUGAAGCUUGUUUCAAUGCAAAAAUGUAUAAUAAUCUGAAUCAAAUGGAAUAAAAUAUUUUGUUUUUGUAAGUGCUUCUUCUUUGUAUACAUGCGGGAAAUGAGAAGGCACCUGGGAGCUCAACGAGGAUUAUGGAUGAUUAUGUUAGAGAUGGGUGAUGUGCAUAACAUCCUUAAUUACAGUAUAUAGAGAACUUAUAUUGCAUUAUGAUUGAUAAACAGGGUUCAUGCAGUGUUUUUACCACCUUUUACUUUCACCUGGGGGGGAUGUGCAUGGACCCUGUCAUAUCUGUCCAUGCCUGGAUUCAGAUUGAUGAGUGGAUUAACCACUUAAAAAAAUAGAUUAUAUGAAUGUAAUUAUAUUAAUUGUAUAUAACAAAUUAUUAAAUUGAUGUGAUGUGUCUUGGAUUUGCGACAUCGUCCUCUGGCCUAAUGCACCAUAGAAUGAAGUGCCAAAAUCUCUCACGGUUGAUGAAUUUAAAUUGUCUCCUGUAUUUGUUGUAUUUCAUAUAUUUAAACUGUCCAUAUUUUGAAAAAAAAGAACCAUCAUUCUACAGCAGAGGUACAACAUAACAGGUUUGCCUGUAGACUGCCAAUUCAGUUGUCCAAACUGAGAUGGAAUUGGCUGUCCAGGUUUUCCAAUUCAUUUCCUUACAUACUGUACCUGUGGUUGGCAUCUUGUUUGGGUCUGCAGAUGAUCAUUUUUCAUAAUUUUUUGCAUUAUCUGUCUGUUUGUUUUUCAAUUGAAUCAACUAUUAAAUGUCAGAAAAUA